UCUAAGUGCUGCUCCUCUGGCACGCUGGUGCAGCUCCACAACCAUGAGGUCCUCCACAGGCCCCCUGCGUUUAGCUCCGUUACUCACUGUGAUUCUAUCAGCUCUGAGAACAUGCUGCAGCUGGACCGGCCCACCUGCACCAGGACUCGGGGUGAAGGAGCAUUUUCAGAUUGUUACUCAGCACAAUAGGCUGCGCAGCCGGGUCGACCCCAUGGCUGCAAACAUGCAGAAAAUGGAGUACAGUGAGAGGCUGGCUAGACUGGCCCAGGAAAGAGCUGAGUCCUGCUCAGAGGACAGAUCCCUGUUAGAAGAACACACGGGACACAUCGGCUGGAACGUCUGCCGGUCUCCUCAUGGUGUGGCCUCCUUUUCUGACAUCAUCAACUCCUGGUUUAAAGAGGGCCAGAACUACAUCUACCAGAGUGGCCAGUGCAGAAACAAUGGCACCUGCAAGCAUUAUACACAGCUGGUGUGGGCUACCUCCAGUCAGGUGGGCUGUGCUGUGCGUGUGUGUAGAGGUGGAGCUGUGCAGUGGGACCUGUUUGUCUGUGCGUAUUCACCGGGGGGAAACUGGGAGGUGAACGGCAGGCAUGUGGUGCCCUAUAAAGCAGGGGUUUACUGCUCUCUCUGCACCUCCUCCAUGUCCGGCUGCCUCCGGCUCUGGGACCAUGUUGGCGGUUUGUGUGAGACGCCCCGAAACCCAUGUCGUAUGAGCUGUGGGCAGAAUGGACAGCUAAAUGUCUCUUUGUGUCAUUGUAACUGUGCCCCUGGAUUCACUGGACGCUUCUGCCAGGUGCGCUGCAGUGUCCAGUGUGUUCAUGGGCGGUAUAAGGAGGAGGAGUGUUCCUGUCUGUGUGAUGUAGGAUACGGGGGAGCGGAGUGUGCAGAGAAGCUGAGCUUUCCCUAUCACAGCUGUGACAUGCAGAUAGAUGGAAAAUGCUUCAUGGUGUCUUCUGAAGCUGAGACAUACUACACAGCCAAGCUACGCUGUCAGGAAAGAGGGGGCAUUCUGGCUCAGGUGACCAACCAGAAAGUUCAAGAUAUCAUGGCUUUUUACCUCAGCCAGCUGGAGAACACCAACGAGGUCACAGACCCUGACUUUGAGACCCGCAACUUCUGGAUAGGUUUGACAUAUAAACCACUGAAAGACUCAUUCCGCUGGGACACUGGAGAAUCUUCUUCCUUUACCAGCUUUGCUUUUGGACAGCCAGACAAUCAGGGUUUUGGGAACUGUGUGGAGCUGCAGGCCUCCAGUGCCUUUAACUGGAAUGACCAGCGCUGCAAAACCCGCAACAGAUACAUCUGCCAGUUCAGUCCGGAGCACAUUGCCCUGUGGGAGGUCGGUGGAUGAAAGCUGACUGUAACAGACGUCUGCUGAUCCAGGGGGAAUGUGGAGUUUUGAGCACAGAUGCUGAACGCCUGGCCACUCUUGUUUGAGGGUCAUUAUUAUUAUUGUGGUCUUUGCAGUAUUGAUAUCAAGGUGGGCUCUAAUUUUAAACAGACCUCAAAUUACCAAUCCUCUCCAACUCUCAUGUUCCAGAUGAGGUUCUGUGGGUGUUUUAAUAUGUGUGGCAUUUAUAUUAUUCCAGCAACCAUAAAUCAUGUUCAUUCAGUUAGUGCAGGACGGUCUUUAGUCAGUCCUACCAUGUGCUGUGUUUCCUGGUGUGUUUAAAAGGACAUUUCUUAUAUUUUAUGUGUAUUUAAUUUUUUUAUUUAUUUUUUGCAUUCAGGUUGCAUAUGGUUAUGUAGCAAAAAUGUCCAUAAUACAUUUCACCUGACCACUUUUAAACUCUUUUUAUCUU